UACACUCGUGUCUCUGUCACUUUCUUUUUCUCUCUCCUCCUCCAAUCUUCCUCAGCCCAAACCGUCGUGAAAGCUUCAUACUGGUUCCCGGGGAGUGAAUUUCCGGUCACCGACAUUGACUCAUCUCUCUUCACUCACCUUUUCUGCGCUUUCGCUGAACUCAACUAUCAAAACGCGAGUUUUUUUACGAUAAGUAUACAACGAAACCCAUCCUCUGUUUUUCACAGCAACUCCACAAUGUCUUCGACAAAAAUAAUUUCGCUCAUUGUCUCUGUCACUUUCUCCUUCUCUCUCCUCCUCCAAUCUUCCUCGGCCCAAACCGUCGUGAAAGCUUCAUACUGGUUAUCGGGGAGUGAAUUUCCGGUCACCGAUAUCGACUCAUCUCUCUUCACUCACCUUUUCUGCGCUUUCGCUGACCUCGACUAUCAAACAAAUCAAGUCACUGUCUCUUCCGCGAACCAAGCCAAAUUCUCCACUUUUACACAAACCGUCCAACGGAGAAACCCUUCUGUUAAAACCCUUUUGUCUAUCGGCGGUGGAGACGCUAAUAAAACAGCGUUUGCGUCCAUGGCGAGUAACCCGAGCUCCAGGAAAUCGUUCAGUGAUUCGUCAAUCAGCCUUGCUAGGUCGUACGGCUUCCACGGCCUCGAUCUAGACUGGGAGACUCCGAAAAAUUCGGCAGAGAUGAGCGAUUUCGGGACGCUACUACAAGAAUGGCGAUCGGCGGUUGAGGCCGAGUCCACUAGCAGCGGUAAACCGCGUUUGCUAUUGACCGCUGCGGUUUGCUACUCCUCGAAUUGUGAUUCGGUACUGUACCCGGUUCAAGCCGUUUCCAACAGCUUGGAUUGGGUUAAUCUUAUGGCCUAUGAUUUCUAUGGACCGGGCUGGUCUAGAGUGACCGGUCCACCAGCCGCUCUGUAUGAUCCUUCAAACGCAGGACGAAGCGGGGACUCAGGCGUGAAGGAGUGGACUGAAGCAGGACUUCCGACAAAGAAAGCAGUUUUAGGGUUCCCAUACAAUGGCUGGUCCUGGACUCUCGCAAACGCCAACAGUAACGGCUAUGGCGCAGCCACCAAUGGACCAGCGAUAUCAAAGGAUGGUUCAAUCAGAUACAUUCAGUUAAAGAGUUGGAUAGUGGAGAACAAAGCGACCACGGUGCAUGAUGAUCAGAUGGUGGGAGACUAUUCCUACGCCGGGACGACUUGGAUCGGAUACGACAGUGAGAAGAGCAUCGUGACCAAAGUGAGAUACGCUAAGCAGAAGGGUUUGCUUGGUUACUUUUCUUGGCACGUUGGAAAUGACGAUGGUUCUGAACUCUCUCGUGCAGCGUCACAAGCCUGGGAUACUUAG